AAACGCAAAAUAUAUAAAGAAUUUGAUCAUCUAAAUAUCCUGGUUGAUUUUCUCUUGGUAUCACUAAAAAGAAAAGUUGGAAGAAAAUAAAUACUCCUAAACUAAAAAUAGCUCCAGAAAGAAAUUAUAUGAAAUAAUGUCAAAUCACAAACCACUCAAAGCUGUCAAAAGUCUCAGAUUUGAAUAUAUUUAAAACGAUGGCAUGUGUCUUCAUAUUUUGAAGUGAAGAGCACUAAGUAAUUGCUAUAUAUGAACAUCUUUUACUGAAAAACAAAUUAGAUAUAAAACAAACCAUUUUUGCCUCUAUUUCAAGACUUUUUUUAUAUCAAAAGAAGAUGAAAUGUUUAUUUUUGUCCAUUGCCACAGAAAAUUCAAACAGCCUGGAGUUUACAAGAAUCAGAGCCAAAGGACUUAUUCGAGAAAGAUAAAUCAGGAUUUGCUUAGGAAUUUUUUUUAGAAUAUCUAAUAUAUUCACCUGAAAGAGUCAAACUCCUUAUCCCCCCAAAAAAGCUUCAGGAUGCCUUAUCAGCAAAGUAAAUUGCCAUUGCCUAUCUGUGUUCUCUCCACAGUCUGGGGGAACCAUGAAUAACUCACAGAUAUCUACUGUGACACAGUUUGUCUUGUUGGGCUUUCCUGGUACCUGGAAAAUCCAGAUCAUCUUUUUCUCAAUGAUUUUGUUGGUCUACAUCUUGACUCUGACUGGGAAUAUGGCCAUCAUCUGUGCAGUGAGGUGGGAUCACCGGCUCCAUACACCUAUGUACAUACUUCUGGCCAACUUCUCCUUCCUAGAGAUCUGGUAUGUGACCUGCACAGUCCCCAACAUGCUGCUAAAUUUUUUUUCCAAAACCAAGACUAUAUCCUUCUCUGGAUGCUUCACUCAGUUCUACUUCUUCUUUUCCCUGGGCACAACUGAAUGCUUCUUCCUCUGUGUCAUGGCUUACGAUCAGUACCUGGCCAUCUGCCACCCUCUUCACUAUCCCUCCAUCAUGACUGGUCAGCUCUGUGCCAUUUUGGUAUCUCUUUGUUGGCUCAUUGGUUUCCUUGGACAUUCAAUUUCCAUUUUCCUCAUUUCUCAACUACCUUUCUGCGGUCCCAACAUCAUUGAUCAUUUUCUGUGUGAUGUGGACCCACUGAUGGCAUUGUCCUGUGCCCCUACUUACAUCAUAGAGCAUGUGUUCCAUUCUGUGAGCUCUCUUUUCAUCAUCCUCACCAUGGUGUACAUCCUUGGGUCCUAUGCCUUAGUACUCAGAACUGUGCUUCAGAUUCCUUCUUCAGCCGGAUGGCAAAAGGCCUCCUCUACCUGUGGAUCGCACUUGGUUGUGGUGUCUCUGUUCUAUGGAACCAUAAUGGUGAUGUAUGUGAGUCCCACAUCUGGCAACUCAGUUGCUAUGCAUAAGGUUAUCACACUGAUAUAUUCUGUGGUAACACCUGUCUUAAACCCUCUCAUCUACAGCCUUCGCAACAAGGACAUGAAAUAUGUAAAAAAAAAAAAAAAAAGUAAGUCUAUACAGAGUAGGUUACCCAAAUCCAGGGUUAAAAGAAGUCAUAUGGAGUCAGCCAGUGAAGCAUUGCCCACAUCAGAGAAUCUACAGUUUGGAGAGCCCACCUCAAAAAAAGAAAAUAUUUCAUGAAAAAGACAUUUAGACUACUGUUAAGCCUAUAAGGUAACAAUAUCUAAGUCAAGAAAAGGACUUUCUGCCUUUACUUCUUUCCCACCCCAAACCUAGAAUAACCAGAGUCAGCAGACUAAUGGAGGAAAAGAGAAAUGAAAGGUCAGAGGGAAACAAGCAGAUCAAGCCUAAAUCAGAUCCAGUUUGGAGGAAUGAGUUUUAAUUUGGAUAAAAAAAUUAAAAUUUUAGUUUUAGACUAUACAGUCAGCCUUCAGUUAUCUAUGGGUCCCACAUCCAUGGAUUCAACCAACCUCAGAUUGAAA